GAGAUGGAAUUUCGAAGACGAGAAACACAAGCAGAAAGCAAUGCAACCAGCGAAUCAAGCCAUGGAUCGACACCGACGAAUGGCUCCAACGAGAGUCUCGAAGGCAGAAUGAAGGAUCUCGAAAAGCAGAUUGCGCACCGGAACGCGCAUGAUCAUAGACGUAUCUCAGAUGCCCCUUCAGAAGGCACAGACAAACAAAUCACACUCAAAGAGCGAUUGAAGCACACGGGAGGCUUCGCGACCCUCCUCUCAGUACAGCCGCACACUUUUACUGGCAUCUUGACCAUCGGAAAAAUUGUAUACAUUUUCGACAUCGUGCUGUUUCUCAUCCUCUGUACGGCCAUUACAGCUCGCUUUAUCAUGUAUCCUGGAUCUUUCCACAAGUCUCUUAAACACCCCACAGAAGCCCUCUUNUUUCCAACUUUCUGGCUCUCNCUACCAACUAUCAUCGGGGGCAUGAACAAUUACGGUGUUCCCAGUGUGGGAUCUGGUUGGCUCGUUGUUGUGUUACGCGUACUCUUCUGGUUGUACUUUGCUUGUACGCUCCUCGUCGCCAUCUUCCAAUAUUGGUACCUCUUCAUGGCAAAGCAAUUACUGGUCAAAUCCAUGGCACCCUCCUGGAUUCUACCCAUCUUCCCUGUCAUGCUGACUGGAACACUCGCAAGCAUCAUUGCUAGCAAUCAACCACCGGAUCAGAGAAUGCCCAUCAUUGUCGCAGGAGUCGCAUGUCAAGGAUUGGGCUGGACGGUUGCAGUCAUGCUCUAUACAGUCAUGGUUGUCCGUUUAAUGGAGUACGGACUCCCACCACCGAACGCACGACCUGGCAUGUUUAUCUGUGUUGGACCCCCUGGAUUCACAAUCCUGGCCUUGAUCGGCAUGGCGAAAGCAUUACCUGAGGGCUAUGGCUACUUCGCCACCAACCCAACCGCAAUCCCAGCUUUGCAGGCCAUCACUCUCUUUGUGUGCGUCUUCAUCUGGAUGAUUGGAUUCUGGUGGUUUUGUAUUGCCGUCGUCAGUUUGCUCUAUGGUGCCAAGAAAAUGUCCUUCUCUCUUGUCAAUUGGGCACUUGUGUUCCCUAACACUGGCUUCACCAUUGCAGUCAUCGAUAUCGGUGAGCAAUUCCAGAGCCAGGGAGUCAUGUGGGUGGGAAGUAUAAUGAGUAUCUUUAUCUUCAUUGCCUGGUUCUUGACCAUCAUUUUCCAUGCCAAGGCAGUGCUUACAAAGCGCAUGAUGAUGCCUGGUAUGGACGAAGACAAGGGAGAGGAAAAUGAGGAUUAA